AUGUCAACAACACGAUCAGACUAUAUGAAAUUUCGACUAUACUAUUGGAAUUGUCGUGGGCGUAUUCAAGCAGUUCGUUAUAUACUUGAAGAUAUUGCAUAUACAUAUAAAAAUGUUGAUUAUAAAGAAGAUUUUGAAUUACUUGAAAAAGCAUCUGAAUCAUGGUUACAACAUAAGAAUGAUGAAGCAAUCUCUGGUCCAUUUCAUAAUUUACCUGUACUGCAUUGGAAUGAUACACAUACGUUUGGUCAAACUUUAACAAUAGGACAUUUCUUAGCACGAAAAUUUGAUUUAUAUGAUAAAAUAACUUCAUCCAUUAAUGACAAAGAUCUUUUAGAAAUUUAUAUUAAUGGUGUUGUGUCAUGUGCAUAUAUUGAUGUAAUAUCAAAUGUCUUAAUAUGCAUAUUUAAUGGUGUUAAUUUUCAAGAUCGAAAGGAUCAAAAUUAUCGUUUAACAAAAAAGAUUCCAAGUGAUCUUAAAGCAUUAAAUAAUUUACUUAAAAAAAGUUCAACAUCAUUUUAUUAUGAUCAAUUAGAAGCAACGAUUGCUGAUUAUUUUGUAUUUGAAGCAUUUACAAUAGCACGUGAUUAUUGUCAGAAAUUAAUACCAAAUGAAGAAGAAUGUCAAGCAUUAAUGAAAUUUGAACAAGUGAUGAAAGAACGACCAGGAUUAGUUAAUUAUUUCAACAAAGAUUUGUUAUUUAAACGUUUUACAGGAUCAUCAAAAGAAAGUGAAUAUAUGAAAAAACUUUCCAAAAUAUAA